AUGUCCGGGCAGACCGCGCCCAGCCCGGCGCCGCGAAGCGCGAGUACAGGGCCAAAUGGGCCUUUGGCGACGCCGACUUCUGCACCCCUGGUAAAUGGAGCUGCGAACACCUCAGCUACCGGUGCACCUGCUGCUGCGCCUGCACCAUCGGGAGGUGGAGGCGGUGGAAUGAGUCAACAAAAUCUUAACCAGAUUGUGAUUGAUUACUUGGCCAAGAAAGGCUACCACAGAACAGAAGCCACACUACGAGCUGAAUCAUCAAACCAAGAGAUUCCCAAGGACGGCGAUAUCAGUCCCGCCCCAAAGGGUCCACCCCGUUACUAUGAGAUGUUUGCGCGCCUACGAGCUUGGACUGACGACGCUCUCGAUAUCUAUAAACCCGAGGUGAAGCGCCUUCUCUGGCCCAUGUUCGUCUAUUCGUACCUCAGCCUGGUGAAACAAUUUUACACUAAGGAUGCAAAAAUGCUGUUUCAAAAAUUCUCCGAGGAUUUCCGGAAGGAACACGAGUACGAUCUCCGUAGCAUCGAGAAAAUCACCCUUCCUGAACACAGCGAAGACAAGACCGCAAAACUCUAUCGCGACAACAAAUACCGCCUCUCACUCAGCAACUCCGCCUUCAUCUACUUUAUGCAAUUCCUCGAAAGCCUUCCUCAACCAGGGUUCAAAAUUUUCAUUGAUAUUGUUGAAAAAAAUCUAGAUCUUCGACAAGUCGAGCGUACUGCCGAUGAUCGCUAUAGCUUCGCAUCUAUUAUCCAACGUGGGAUCGAUGGCCAAGAUAUGCCGGCUGAAGAUGAAGGCAUUCCAGGCCACCGCCCCGGAAACGCUGUAUCAUCCACUGACCCGACUGUUGGUAAUAACCUCGCGACGCUUAAAUUGGGCAAAUUACCCUUGGAUAAAGAAGUCGAAGAAGAUGUUCGAGGCGAUUUAAUGGACUUAGAUCUUGCGGCACCUCCUCUUCCUGACCAGCCAUCGCUGGUUCAGGUUCAUGAGCAGCUCAACAUCAAACAGGAAGAUGAAGACGAAGGGCCGACACGCGCUGAGAUCCCCUUCCCACCCUCCACAGCCCGUGAUGUCGCUCUCGAAGUUCAAAAGAUUCGCGAAAAUAGAGACCGGGUCAAGAUCGAAUCCCGCACGGGCGGCGUAGGGCCCGCUGUCAGCGUCGUGAUGUACACCUUCCACAACACCCACGAUAGCGUGUGCUGCCUCGACUUCAGUGGUGACCACAAUCUCGUUGCAGCAGGGUUCCAGGAGAGCUAUAUCCGUGUCUGGACCAUGGACGGUAGUCCGCUGGGACAACCUGUCAACGGCCAACCUCAGAAUUCUCAGCGCCUCAUCGGCCACUCAGGGCCCGUGUACGCCGUGUCCUUUUCACCUUCAAGCUGGAAGCCGAGCGCAGAUUCUGGCCCUACCGAUGCCAAGUGGCUUCUUUCAUCCAGCGCAGAUGGCAGCAUCCGUCUUUGGAGCCUGGACGCCUUUGCCUGUGUCGUCGUAUACAGGGGACACGUGGGGCCCGUUUGGAGCGUGACUUGGGGUCCAUUCGGACACUAUUUUGCAAGUGCAGGCCACGACAAGACAGCACGGAUCUGGAUGACCGACCAUAUUCGCAAUGUCCGGCUCCUCGCAGGGCAUGAUGAUGACGUUGACGUUGUAACCUGGCACCCGAACAGCAGCUACGUGUUUACUGCGUCGUGUGACAAGACGGUCCGCAUGUGGGCGCUCAACAACGGCAAUCCAGUACGGAUGUUCACCGGCCACACGUCGACCAUCACGGCUCUGUCGUGCUCGCGCAAUGGCAAGAUUCUAGCUAGCGCCGACGACACGGGUGUGAUUCUGCUCUGGGACCUGGGUCCGGGGAGACUGCUCAAGAAGAUGCGCGGACACGGCAAGGGUGGCAUCUGGAGUCUGAGCUGGAGCGCCGAGUCGACGGUAUUGGUGUCCGGCGGUGCUGACUGCACAGUGCGCACAUGGGACGUCACCGGCCCUGCGAAAGAGGCUGCAGCAACUGCGGCGAAGCCCGACGGUGCUGCUGGUCCGGGAGCCAAGGUCGAUGGUGCAGGAGGCGGUGCCGGCGGUGCCGGCACAAGUACAACGCCAGCGUCGAACCUCGCUCUUGCUUCUGGCACGGCCACUGGAGCCCCCGGAGUAGUUGGCGCGGGCGUGCACAAGAAACGAGGCAAAGACGCCGUUGUCACCAGCGACCAAAUCAGCGCUUUCUUGACAAAGCACAGCCCCGUGUACAAUGUCAAAUUCACAAACAUGAAUCUUGUCAUUGCAGGUGGUGCGUAUCUGCCGGAGCAGGCGAAGUAA